AAAGAAGUGCAUCCAAACAUAAUCUGUGAUGGUUGUGAUCAGUCGGUAUGCGGAAUUCGUUACAAAUGUGCUGUCUGCGAUGACUAUGAUCUGUGUGAGAAAUGUGAGAAAGACGGGGCUCAUUCAAAUCAUCCUUUGAUCCGAUAUGCCAAUCCACGAACUCCGCGCUUGGAUAUUGGUCAGCAGAGGCGCCAUUGGUAUCGACCUCUGAAUGGAUAUCGAAAUGCGUUCGUGCAUGUUGGUUUAUUUGGACAUACAGUCGCCCAUACUGCUCAUCAUUCAGCUUACACUGCAGCGCAGCAUGCUGCGCAACACGUAGGUAUCGAGCAUCUGAAGGAAGUUGGCACUCAGAUCCAACAGGCACUUUCUAAUUUCGGAAUUGACGUUGAUGUAGGUGUUCAGCAUGGUGGAAUUACCGAAAAAAUUCCAAAAUUGGAAAGUCCUGGCAAUGAAAUAACUGAACCAAAGAGAGAAGAAGUAAAUCUGACUGAGGAAAAAUCAUGCAUCUCUCCUGAAGCCACUGACGCGAAAAGUGAGGAUGGCAAGCAAAAAAAUGAUUUGGAUUUCAACGUAGUAACACUUCAGGAAUUCGAUGGUUUGGAAAGAUCUCUAGAAGACUUACACAUCACCAAGAAGUGCUCGGAAAACCAACCUGACACAGACGAAGCAACCAAGGAAGCUGAUGUGAAAUCACCGGCAUGUGAUAGUGCAGCAGCUGUAGAGGAUAACAUUUCGGAGGACUGGACGAUGUUGGAAGAUAUUAAUAAUUCUGGCAACAAAACGAAUCUAGGUAAUGGCGAGCAAUCAUUGGCUGUUAAAGAUCUUUUUUAG